UCAGCAAGAACAACCCCAAAAAAAAAAAAAAAAAAAAUUCUCCCGAGAGGGAAACCAAAAUUGAAAAGAGGAAAUUCAUGGAGAAGCUUCUUGUUUCCCUGAGAAAUCGAUUUCUUCUUCGAAUUGAAGCUUAAACAAAGGGUCUGUUCAUUCUUCAGGGAAACCCUAGGAGAGAGAGAGAGAGAAGAAGCUAAUUUUAGAUUGGUGAUUGCCCGAGAGUUCUGUGCCCUAGCUUUUUGCCUCACGUCAAAAUUCAGUUAAGGUGUUGAAGUAAUGGGACAUCAUCCAAGGUGGUGAUGCAUGGAAGCGUUUCGGGGUAUGUUCUAGUAAAUGCUGAGGUUGAUUCCAUGGGAGGAGUUAUCGAUAGUGGAGGUGGUGGUAUUGGUCUCAAAACGUCUCCCACUGCUAUUGAGAAGGCUCAAGCGGAGUUAAGGCAAGAGUAUGAUGUCCGGGAGGAAAGAAGGAGAGAGUUGGAGUUUCUCGAGAAAGGAGGUAAUCCCUUGGAUUUCAAGUUUGGUGUUGCAACUUCACUUAGCUUCCAGUCUACAUCACUCACAGAUCAGCAAGCAGAGCAUUUUCUAAACAGUGAAGUCAAGGAUAGUUUUGCUAUGACUGCCUCACCACAUGGAGACUCCGCGGAGAGUAGUGGUAGACCCGCAGUUCCUACAGUUUCUGAACCCAAUACAGCGGAUAAUCUUUUACUGUUUGAUUCUGGAAACAAGUCAGUUGAGGGAGAACACAGUUCGAAAUAUCCUAAUAGGCAAAACAGGACGUCAGAGUCAGAACGGUCUUCCAAAGCGAACACCAACCAGGAUACCAAAGAAACAGAGGAUUCUGCCAUCUUUCGACCGUAUGCUCGUAGGAACAGAACAAAGAUAAAUCGGGAUCCAGCACGGUCAAGUUCUAUGGAUUUGAUUCAGAACCGUGGUGGUCUUGCAACGUCUCUCUCUGCUCGCAGAGGAUCAGUUGACGGAAAGGGUUGUAUUCCUGACGCAGCCAAUCAAAAGGAUAAGCAAACAACCUCUGUGUCUUGUCCAGUAUUUGGAAAUUCAAAUGGUACCAUUGUUCCGACAAAUGUAGCUCCUACCAAUCUGCUGAAUACCAAGGUGGAUGGUGAACCUAUCGUACGAGAGAGUGCUGCUGUAUCCAGAACUAGUCUGAUGAAAGAUGAAGCAGACAUUACAUGUAGAAAAAGCUCCGCAGAUUUGCCUUUUGAAGAGGCUGGGAAAAAGGCAGACCUAGUUUUGAAUAGUACAGAGAUUGGUUCUCCCAAAGCUGCAGUAAUAGCUGGCCAGAAAAAUAAUUAUACCCAAUCGAAUGAGCUAGGAGAUUCUACCGGAGAAAAAGAAAGUUUGACAGAUAGAGGAGCUGCAGGGACAAAAGGGUUAGAGCCUUCUCGUGCUAACAAGUUAGAAGUAGAUGUAGAUACUGAAAGAGGUCUUUAUAGAGUGGACAAACUGGACUCAGAUGAAAACUCUGUGCAGAAGGCUUCAAGAGUAGAGGGGUUGCUUAAUCAUACAGUUGGUGAACUGAUGAUUGAGGAUGAGACGGGUCGAUCUACCACCAUUACUGGUGAGUGCAGCCCUACGCGUGAACUGCAGAUAAAUUCGGUUAAAAUUGAAAAUGAAAACUACAGAAGUACACCUGAGCUUCAAAAUGAAGAGAAAUAUUCUGACACUGAGAAUGGCAAGGAAGGUGGUAGUGUUUUAGCUAACAAUCCUAGUAGCUCCUUGCACCCUGCAAUACCUCAGGCAUCUGUAGACGCAAAUUCCAGCGUGGUUGGUAAUAAUGUAUUGUCAGGAACUGACGUUGAAGCAUUAAAACAUCAGCCUAGCUCAGAUGGAGGCUCAAAGGUCUUAGAUAAUGUGAAGGAAGACUCUAUUCUUGAGGAGGCACGAAUUAUACAGUUAAAGAGAAGAAGAAUUGCCGAGUUAUCUUGUGGUACUGCACCACUGGAGGUUCGUGAGAAAUGUCAAUGGGAUUUUGUCCUCGAAGAAAUGGCAUGGCUGGCAAAUGAUUUUGCGCAGGAGCGUCUUUGGAAGAUGACUGCUGCUGCACAAAUUUGCCAUCGACUUGCUUUGACUUCUCAGUUGAGAUUGGAGAAACAAAUUCAGUACAGAAAGCUGAAAAAUAUAGCUUCAAUCCUAUCUAAUGCUGUCUUGGAAUUCUGGAGCUCUGUGGAGGUUCCUAGGGAGCUGGAGGAGACAAACUUGAGAAAUAAUAAGGAGACGAGCCAAGAAUCUAAUUGUGAUAGUGGCAGAAAAUGUUUUGCUGCGGGUGUCAGGGAGUAUGCAAGUAGAUUCUUGAAGUAUAACAACUCUUCUGUUCCCUAUCAUUCAGCUGCACCAUCGACACCCGACCACGUGUGUGGCCCAGAAAUAUUGGAUGUAUCUCUUGCUGAUCAUCAGCUAACAGAAGAAAGCCUAUUUUAUUCAGUUCCAUCGGGUGCAAUGAAGGUGUACCAAAUAUCUAUUGAGACCCAUCUCGCACGCUGUGAGAAGUAUGGAAACAGCAUGAAGGAGGAGGUUGAUACAUCAGGCUAUGAUGCUGCUGGAGAUAUAGAAUACGAUGUCACAGCGUUUGAUGAGGAUGAAGGAGAAACGAGUGCCUAUUAUCUUCCUAGAGCUUUCGAGUGCAGCAAAUCAUUUAAUUUGAGCCACAAAAAAAGGAAGAAUUUGAUGAAGUCACAUUCUGCCCGGUCUUAUGAUCUUGGAGCUGAUUAUGUAAACUACACAGGUGGGUCUAACUCAUCCAAUUUGAUGGCGAAAAGGCCUGGUAGUAAUAUAAAUGCCGGCUCAGUUCCGACGCGCGUGCGCACUGCUUCCAGGCCGAGGAUUGUGGGUUCAUUUGGAUAUGCUACUGCUGGGAGCUUACCAGUGCCGUCAAAGACAGAUGCAUCUAGUGGGGAUACUGGUUUUUUUCAGGAUGAGCAAAGUAGUUUGCCUGGUGGAUCAGCAUUUCAAAAAGGCACAGAGGUUGAAUCAAGUGGUACCUUUGAGAAGCAGCUACCUUAUGACAUGGCUGAAACGUCAGGAAAACCUAAAAAGAAGAAGAAGAUUCAUCUGGGGUCUGCUUAUGACCAAACCUGGCAUCUCGAUUCAUCAGUCCAUGCUGAACAGGUGAUUUCAUUGAAGGACCACUGGAAGAAGCGACCAGAGAAUCAUUUCGAUACGAAUGGUCUGUACGGUCAUCAUGCAAAGAAGCAAAAGACCACCACGCAAUUGGUUGAGAACAAUUUUGAUGGGGCCAUGGGUCUCACUGGAUCAAUUCCUUCUCCGGCAGCUUCCCAGAUGAGCAAUAUGUCCAACUCCAACAAAUGUAUCAAAUUUAUUGGAAGUCGUGAUAGGGCCAGAAAAAUAAAAGGCCUCAAGAUUUCUUCCAGCCAGCAUGGCUCUGGAACUACUUGGUCACUAUUUGAGGAUCAGGCGCUUGUUGUCUUGGUGCAUGACAUGGGCCCUAACUGGGAGCUCAUCAGUGAUGCAAUGAAUAGCGCUCUCAAAAUUAAGUGUAUAUAUCGUAAUCCGAUUGAGUGCAAGGAGCGGCAUAAGAUUCUGAUGGACAAGACUGCGAGUGAUGGGGCUGAUAGUGCUGAAGAUUCGGGGACUUCACAGUCUUAUCCAUCCACUUUGCCUGGCAUCCCGAAGGGAAGUGCAAGACAGUUGUUUCAGCGACUGCAAGGGCCAAUGGAGGAAGAUACCCUAAAAUCCCAUUUUGAGAAGAUUUGUUUAAUUGGGAAGAAGUUACACUGUAGAAAGACACAGAAUGAUGGUCGGGAUUCAAAGCAGAUAGUACCAGUUCACAAUUCACAAGUCAUGGCUCUUUCUCAAGUAUUCCCGAAUAAUCUGAAUGGAGGUGUUCUAACGCCCCUUGAUCUCUGUGAUGCGUCAACUUCAGGUCAAGAUUUAUUUUCACUUGAAAGGCCAGGUUCACAUCCGGGUCUUCCAAUGUUGAAUCAAGGGACGCCAGUGCUCCCUUCUUCUGGAGCCACUCCAUCCACUUCUGGAUCAUCUGGUGUGGUUCCGGGUAACAAUUUACCAACCAUACCUGGUCUACACAGUGCUUCUCCAAGGGAUGGUAGAUUCAACGUUCCUGGAGGAUCUUUGCCACUUGAUGAACAACACAGACUCCAACGGUUUAAUCAGAUGUCAUCGGGUAAAAACCUGCAGCAGAAUUCUAUAUCAACUCAUGGAGCUGUCUCCGGAUCCGGACAUUGCGUGGUUCCUGGUGUAAACACCAUGGGUGUAAGUGGAACGAACAGGGGCACACCCAUGUCGAGGUCUGGCUUUCAAGGGAUUGGCUCACCAGCAAUGCCAAAUACUGUUAGCAUGAUGUCCUCUGGUAUGGUGGGAAUUUCAAACACUGGUAAUAUUAACUCUGGAAGAGGAGCUUCUCCAAGAAACUCCAUGGUCAGGCCGCCUCGUGAAGCCGUUCAGCAUAUGAUGCGGGCUGCUCAAGGGAACAGUCAGCGGAUCCCAGCUUUCGGUAGUUUGAGUUCUGGAUUUACCAACAACCAGACAACUUCUGUUCAGUCGUACCCAGGCCAUGUUUCCCAGCAGCAUCAGAUGCCACAGCAGUCGCAUGUUCUUGGCAACUCGCAUAAUCCUCAGCUCCAAAGCCCAAGCCUAAGUCAUGCCACUGGGGCACAGCAAGACGGAUUUGCUCUCCGUCAAAGGCAAAUGCACCAGAGGUAUAUGCAACAGCAACAGCAACAGCAGCUUGCAGCAUCUAAUACUACUGUGCCACAUGGACAACAACAACCUCAGGGAACUUCUAUUUCUCCUCCUCCACAAAAAAGUCCUCAGACUCAACCACCUGUUUCGCCUCAGCCAUUACCAAUCCCUCCAGUGUCUACCUCUCCUAAUAGUGCUAUGGCCCAACAGAACCCUCAAAAAUCUCAGUUGCCGCUUCAUGGUCUUGGUAGGAAUCCUCAGUCUGGUGCUCUUGGAAUGAACAACCAAUCUGGAAAACAACGGCAGCGGCAACACCACCAGCAAUCUGGAAGACAACAUCCACACCAGCGACAGCCAACGCAAGGUCAACAGCCGAGUAAACAAUCAAAGGGGAUGGGUAGAGGAAACAUGAUCCAUCAGAACAUCACUGUUGAUCAGUCACACCUGAAUGGUUUCACCAUGCCCCCAUCAAGUCAGGGUACCGAAAAAGGAGAGGCAGUGGUUCCAGUUAGGUCUGAUCAGCAACUGCCAAAAGCAUUUCCUGGAGCUACAUCUCCGUCCCAACAACAACAACAAGUACAGUUACCUUCAGACGAUUGCAUUCAAGGCCAGAGCUCACCUGCGGUCUCUUGUCCGUCAAUUUCACCGGCAGUUGCACCUUCCAACCAUCAGCAUUUAUUGCUACACCAAAAGCAGCGCCAGGUGCAGCCAACAGCUCAGCGAAUUGUUCAUCAGAAUCAUCUAGGGAACUCUGAUUUAUCAAGGAAGUCCCAAGCUGAGUUUGUGCCACGUGUUCCGCAGUCUGUCACCAAUACCACUAGUAGUAUGAGUACGAGCAAGGGUAUGCCUGAAGUGAGUGAUGAUUCGAAAAAAGUUAAAGCAGUUGGUUCUACUGCUGUGCCUUCUCCAAAUGCAUUGGAACCUCCAUCAAAUGCCGCCUCUGUGCAAAGCGCUGCUCCUAAAGUAGUAAACAGUUCUAAUACAGAUUUAGCUUGUAGUAAGAAGCAUUUGCCUGCUGGCGUACCUUGUCAGGAGCUCAAGGGCGUAAUACAGAGACAGCCAUCCCUACCUUCAGUAGAACAGAGACGACCAAAGUUGCCAGAGCAGCUGACUGUACAAAAUCAGAAACAUGUUGCUUCUGAUCAUCAGCCUCCUCAACUAGAAGAAGCACAAAAACUACCGUCUCCCAAACCUCCUGAGACAAAAGUGGAAUGAGAGGCACAUCAGAUGAAAAACCUAGAACCUCGAGUAGUUGUAAAUCCUGCAAAGGGUUAUGCUGGCCCUUACCGACGGCCAUGUACAGGUACUCAGAAACUGGUUUGUACAGAGUCGGAUCCUCACUGUGGCAUUAAACAUCAUCAAGUGGGUGGUCUUUGGAUUUGGCUGAGAUGGUGUAUAACUUAAACAUUGUUUUGGUCCAGCCAAAGUAGAUUGUAAACUCUGCAGGUUGAGUUUGCAUAUUCGAUGAGGGCAGAGGAAGAUAAACGGGGAAAGAAGGUGGAUAGAUAGUAGAUUCAUGAUGGUCUUUUUGACAUCUUUUGAACACAAGGGAGAAAAGGUAUUAUGUAUGUAAAUUACCACCGCAUCAUAGAGUGAAGUCCCUUCUUCUUGCUUCUCAUCUCUUGGUUUGGGAGAGUGGAAACAGUUUAUAAUGUUUUGUAUAGAAGUCUGCUCUUCCACCCACUCUUUUUUUUUUUUGUUUCCUCAUCAUGUGGCAUAUAUUUAGGGCCUUUAGAAGCCUUUUCUUUUUGUUUGUUCCUUUCUAAUUUCUACUCUUGUGGGUUUAGGUUAGUUUAAUUUAAAUGUAUUAUUGUUGUUCUUUCUUUUUAUGGUUAAAUGGGAAAGCAAACAAAAGAGACCAUAUGUUUCCAAGCUGCCAUGACAUUGGAUUACAUAUGCAUAUCUUGAUUAGACCAGCACAAAAUGUUA